AUGUCAUAUUAUCAAAACAAUAAUUUUAAUCCAAAUGGUGGGUUUCAAAAUAUGAACAAUCAGAACAAUAUGUCUGGUUUCUAUCAACCUUCUAAUCAAUUUUCCUUCCCACAAGGAUCCAUGUCCUUUGGUAACAAUCCAUCUGGAAAUCAAGGCAAUGAUUCUAAUGGCCUAGGUGUUGAACCAGAUCCUUUACCAAGAGGUAUAUUGUAUGCAUUCUCUACAAAGGGUUAUCCCCAUGAGCCUCCAUUAUUGGAAGAAAUAGGGAUCAAUUUCGAUCAUAUUGUAACAAAGACAAAAUUGGUGCUCAUACCAACAUUUUCUCAAAAUGUUUUAUCACAAGAAAUAUUAAAUGAUUCUGAUCUUUCAGGUCCAUUAUUAUUCUUCUUACUAUUUGGAUUAUUUUUAUUAAUGGCUGGUAAAGUGCAUUUCGGUUACAUAUACGGUGUUGCAUUAUUUGGUACUGUGUCCUUACAUAAUUUAUCGAAAUUUAUGAACUCUUCACAGCCUUCCACUUCACAAUCAAAAUUACAAUUUUUUAAUACGGCGUCAAUCCUAGGUUAUUGUUUCUUGCCAUUAUGCUUCCUAUCAGCCAUUGGUAUCUUCAUUUCAUUAAAUAACACCUUGGGUUACGUCAUGGGUUCAUUUUUUGUCUUCUGGAGUACUUGGUCUUCUUCAGGCUUCUUGAACUCUCUUUUACAAUUACAUCAUGCAAGAGCUUUAAUUGCUUACCCAUUGUUAAUAUUUUAUAGUGUAUUUGCCCUGAUGGCAAUAUUCGUUUAA